AUUCCCGUCAUGACCAAUAGAACAGGGACUGCCUUUUUAAGACAGCUCAAUGAUAAGGUCAUUUUUGUUCAGGUUUUCGGGAUACUUCUGCUCUGCAUCAACUUCAUGCUGAUAACAACCUUCUUCAAGAGGGAAAUCUUCUACAGAAUCAUGCGCUACAUCUUAUUUGCCAACACUUUAUUUUCAGACUGCAUCUUGUUGGUGAUCACAAACAUGUUAUUGGUCCUUAACUUUUUUGACAUCAGCAUACAAACGGGGAUAUGUUUUAUUGUGUUCACGCUCUCGUCUCUGUGUAACUUUGUCACACCUAUCACGCUGACGGCCAUGAGCCUGGAGCGCUACGUGGCCAUCUGCAUGCCGCUGCGCCACGCUGAGCUGUGCUCCACCGGCAGGGCCCUGCAGAGCCUCCUCAUCAUUUACUGCGUCAGCUUUAUCCCCAGCCUCGUCAUUCUGCUGGUCUUCUUUUUCUCUGCGUCUUUGAGCUUUUUCAAACGAAGCCUGCUCUGCUCCGCCGAGACAUUCAUCGUCGGCCGAUGGCACGGCUAUAUCAGAUCUGCUGUGAGUCAGUCCUACUUUCUGCUCAUGUGCAUCGCUAUCGCCUUCUCCUAUGUUCAGAUCAUGAAGGUGGCUACAGCCGCAUCAGGAGAGAGUAAAAAGUCAACGCAGAAAGGGCUCAAAACUGUGGCGCUUCAUGCUUUCCAGCUGCUGCUCUGUCUCAUCCAGCUUGUGUGCCCUUUCAUAGAAGCCGCUGUGCUUCAGGUCGAUUUUAGUCUAUUUAUAAAUGUCAGGUAUGUCAACUACAUACUGUUUAGUCUUGCACCAAGAUGUCUGAGUCCUCUAAUUUAUGGUCUCAGGGAUGAAACCUUUUUUCUUGCUCUUAAAUACUACAUUUUCUGGUGCCCGUUGAAAAACAACUUAAAGCCACAACUGUAUGCAAACUACAUAAUGUUUACUCUGACUCCGAGAUGUCUGAGUUCUCUCAUCUAUGGACUUAGGGAUGAAACAUUUGUUCUUGCAUUGAAAAAUUACAUCUGCUUU